GUCGUACACUAGUACAACUGUAGCAGAGAGGCUGCACCUCUGCCGCCUAUAGUUCUGCUCAUCUUCUGGCGCCCAGCGACCACUACAGGAUUAGCAGUGGCUUGUCCUGUGGCUGCUUGCAUCAAAAGGCCUCAAGCUUCUAACGCCCCCGUCUAUCCCAUCCGCAGACUUCCACAUCCGUCGGUUCCUUUACCACUUCUUCUUUUCGCUGUUGCUUACCACCUGAACGUCAACCGCUAUUCUCAGUCGCUCACCUUUUCUCCUUCUAUCUUCCAUCCUCCCAUCCUUACAUGCAACCCUUCGGCACCGUUCUACCGACGACCUCUCCUCGCCGACUCUCCUCCAUUGUCCUCCUAGCCUUUGUCGCCGCUGCCUAUUAUCGAUUCACACCUCCCGACUACACUACUAGAACACACUCCUCGCGCGGCUGUGAUUACACCUACUCCUAGUACGAUCGCAAUCACGUAAAAGCACCAACAGGUGCCAUGCAGUCGUCACUUCCGUCCUGGAAGGACGCUGCAAUCACCAAGAAGCAUCUUCAACUACCAUGGCGGUCAAUACAGCUUCUGGUGCCACACCGGUUACGGCGCAAGUUGCGAUCAAAGCUACGCAAUCGACAGUCGCCCGCCUCGUCCAUUUCAUCCUUGCAAACGUCCUUCUCACCGGCUGAUACUCUACACUCCUUGCAAAAUCACAAGUGGACGGUCUACGAUGCACAAUGGCUAUUCCUUGCGGUCCUCGGGAUUUUCUCCCUGAGCAUCAUUGAGUCUCCAGGUCCGCUUGUUAAGACGACGGUCGCUACACUUCUGCUUGCCUCUCUGAUUUUCCCAAUAACGAGACAAUUCUUCCGGCCCUUUAUGCCUAUAGCAGCAUACUUGAUCUGGUUCUACUCGUGCAGAUUCAUUCCGCCUGAAUGGAGGCCUCCUAUCUGGGUCAAAGUCCUUCCUGCCCUCGAGAAUAUACUUUACGGAGCCAAUUUGAGCAACAUCCUUUCGGCGCACAAGAACACGGCUCUGGAUUUGCUGGCCUGGUUACCUUACGGUCUGGGCCAUUUUGGGGCUCCAUUUGUGUGCUCCGCAAUCAUGUUUAUCUGGGGACCGCCAACCACAGUCACGGUCUUUGGAUUCUCGUUCGGUUAUAUGAAUCUCAUCGGUGUUAUCACCCAAGUCCUGUUUCCCUGUUCCCCGCCGUGGUACGAGAACAUGUAUGGACUGGCGCCAGCAAAUUAUUCCAUGAAAGGUUCACCAGCCGGCCUGGCACGCAUCGAUGCAUUGCUGGGGUUUGACAUGUAUACUUCGGGUUUCACAGCAUCUCCGAUGGUGUUCGGGGCGUUUCCGUCUUUGCACGCGGCUACCUCGACUCUGGAAGCACUGUUCAUGAGCCACGUCUUUCCGAAACUCACCCCGCUGUUUGCCAUUUAUGUCGUGUGGCUGUGGUGGGCCACGAUGUACCUUUCACAUCACUAUGCCGUCGAUUUGGUGGCAGGCAGUAUGUUGGCGGGAGUUGUUUUCUUUAUUGCCAAAUCCAAAUUUCUUCCGCGCUUGCAACCGGACAAGAGGUAUCGAUGGGAUUAUGACUACAUCGAGGUCGGCGACGGCUACAGCGACUACGAGUACAACCUGGCCAGCCUGGCAGAACCGAGCGGCGACAGCGACGAGUGGACUAUCGGCUCCUCGUCUUCCAUCUCUUCGGGUUCAUUGAGCCCGAUCGAGGAGAGCCAGAACAUCUGGACCGGCGCGUAUUCAAAUCAUGAAAGAUGAUGAUAUUUCAGCACCGUUUUGGAACCUAGUUCCAUCUACCUUUCGUUGAGUUUCAGCAUUGUCAGCAACGGCGUUCACUGCAUGGCCCUUGUGACGCUUCACGGUCGAUAUCUGCAUUUAAGCGAAACCUUUGAGUUUUCAAAUAGACAUGGCGACGACCCUUGUCAUCACUGCCCCAGAAGGCCGCUUGUGGUCUGUCCAGAAAGUCCAGGCUGAGCCAGCACUCUGUCUGUUAUGAUCCUUUGAGGAUAUCAAAGGUCUCCCUGUGGGAAUGACGGGCUGGACGCUGCUUGGGCUCUCCACUCGACCGGUGUCUCGGUUGUCGGGGCUGACUGGACUUUCAUCAGACUUUCUCGCCGCAACAGCCACGGCUGUACAGCGAGAUAUUGUCUGGGGCAAUGGUUCAACAUUUUGUGUUCAAUAUGCCCGAAUAGUGUUACUCGGGAAUUUUUUUUUUUGUGGAAAUUUUUUUGUCUGUGAUUAGGCGGCUACCGUUUACCGUCUGGAUGACGCCGUUACAUUCGCUUCGUGUACAACAAUAUCGACAUGGUUAUGACCGAUACGCCAUUCGCUUAUGUCAACAUACAUUGGUUUUCAGAGGAUGUGGAUUUUUGGCUUGCAUAUGUCCAGGGAUAGGGCCUGGAGCACCGGAGGAAUGGGGGCGGACGUGACAGGUUGUCCUGGGCGCAAAGAAACCGGAGUGAUAUUUCAAAAAUCAAAGAACUGGCAGCUGGUGGAAGGAGCUCAGCCCAAGUCCAACCGGUCGGGGAACGAAUUCGUUCGGACUAGGCACUGAAGUCGAGGGCAUAUUUCGGCCGGCGUCUCAUACUCCCCGUUUCGAUCAAUUUACCCUAAUCAACGUGCGUUGAUUUGUCACAACACUACCGCGCAAGCCAGUCCACUGUUGAAUUGGUCGGCCCAUUAUGUCACCUGGGCGUCCGUUUCGGCAGGCGCUUAUGCUGUCAGACCUUGAGGCUUAGCACGAAAACCGGGAUGGAGCGAGCAUUGGACAAAGCGGGCGUUGCGAGGAGGAGUAAAGUGUGCGGUUAUCUGUCACGUCUUGGAUUGAACUGAACAGGACUGAAGUCAAUGGGAGGACCGACACAGGCUGACUCGACACACCUAAUCUGAUAAUACCAUAAUCAUAAUGAACCGUUAAACCUGGACAGCUUGAAGGUCUUCUCUGUGCAUGCAACUUGAAACCUUUUGUCAGUACAACGUACCAUUUAU